AACACGCGAUAGGGCUAGGUUGACUAUCCGUCGCAUCCGUGUUGGUCUUCUUCCCAGAUUUUUCUCUAAAGCAAAGUCAAAUCGACACCCUUCCUUAUUAUAUGCUAAAAGAUAAGACACCAGGGGAAGUCAUGAAGUAACAGAAAAUAAUUUACACCGGUAGAAGUAGAAAAGAAAAGCUGUCGGGCCUUCCAAUAUCACGAUCUCUGGAAAAAAGAAGUGGUUCGUUGCAGGAAAACGACAGGCAAUAUUUAAAAGGAUGAAGCAGAGCUAGGGUUUGGCAUUUACUGUGCAUUCUCCCGAGAUGUCUGAUCACCAUAUAAAGGACCUGCGUCCUGGAAUCAAGAAUGUAAACCUCAUGUUUAUAGUGCUGGAAAUCGGAAAACCAACAAGAACAAAAGAUGGCCAUGAUGUACGUUCCUGUAAAGUUGCAGACAAGACUGGCAGUAUCAACAUUUCCAUAUGGGACGAGACGGGUGAUCUUCUACAGACUGGGGAUAUCUGUCGCCUGACCAAAGGAUAUGCCAAUAUUUGGAAAGGCUGUUUGACAUUAUAUACAGGAAAAAAUGGAGAGAUAAUCAAAAUUGGAGAGUUUUGUAUGCAGUUUUCAGAGACCCCUAAUAUGAGUGAACCUAUCCCAGAGGCUGUACAGAAGGAAGGACAGCCACCUGGUCAGAGAAAGUCACCUACAGAAGGUGGUGACAAAGGACUUAUCCCAAAUCAAGGGGGACCACCAAACAACCAAACACCACCAAGUGGUCGAGGUAACCCUAAUUAUCAGAAUCAAAGACCAUCACGACCUUUCAUACCAGGACAAGGUCAAGUUCCUGGACAAGGUCAAAUUCCUGGUCAAGGUCGAGGCAUGCAACAAGGUCAUGGUGGAAACAUGGUUCCAAUGAAUGGACGUGGGGGGCGGGGAAUGCGGAGAUGAUUGACAGACAUAUAUCAGUUUUCAUUGGGAAAAAAAAAUGAAAUUUGAUUGAUGCAUAAAAGACAUUUCAGGAUGAUAUUCUUGUUAAAUGUUUUUAGGAAACCCACAAAGUAUUGAGCUACAUUAGUGGAUUGCAUUCCUUAUAGAGUGGAAAUUAAACAAGAUGCUAGAAUUACUGUCUUAGUAGUUUACAUCAGGGUUGUUAUGACCAGAAACCAAGUGUACUGAUCAAGGUGAAUCCCUGAAUAAUUUGUACUGGUAACAGUUUAUGGUAAUCAGCUUAGUAGAAGCGGAUUUUUCAUAAAUUUUACUUCUCCUAGGUGUAAUCAUAUUAAUAUAGGUUGAUAAUGGUUGAGGUAAAAGUUCAUCCUUAAUCAGUAAAAUAUGUGAAAAGUACUUCCCGAAUGCUGAAAGUUCUGUAUAGUGAGAAAGGAGUCUCUAUAGAAGGGACAGUAGAAUUAUCUCCCUUGUCCAGUUGGGUCUAUAUUGUGUAGCUGUAGACGAUGAUAGAUAGAUAAGCAGACUGUCGAGAGGUAUCACAAGAAGAUUGUACUUAUGUGUUCAAAAACUCUGUGUAUGUAAAUUAUAAGAUUUACUUAAAGAUGAAAUCAAGUGUCUACAAAAAUGAAAUUUAAAAAAAGGACAUGAAAAUAGAGCACCAUGAAUAUUUUUGGUUUUACAGCCAACUUUAUCUGAAUAUAAGUGAAAAAGUACGGAAUAGGAAUUUAAGAAAUUUGCUUCAAAAAGUGAUGUUGUUUAUCGAUGCAGUUAUAUUAUCACCACAUGUGUCAUUGCCAGAGUGUUCUCCUGAGCUGAAGGAUAAUGAAAUUUCUGUUUGAUGAAGUGGAACUUUCCAACAUACAGUUUAAAAAAUAGGUCAGAUCUGGUGACACAUGUAGAAUUUUAGAAAAUUAUAAUCUUGUGAUCAAAGUGCAAAGAUUGAUCUACUUGUUUGACCAUUGAAUUAACAUGCUAUUUAGAAACAAACAAUGCCUUUGUUAAAGCCAUGAUGUGCAAUAUUGAUAAAAGUGAUUACAGAAUGAAAUGAGUAUGAUGUGAAUUUUAAUAUGUAUAUAUGGAUCCCUUACUGAUGUCAAAACAUAAUUUCAAAACAUCAAUUUGAUAAAGUUCAGUUUUUGUUAAUCUGUCAGUUGAAUGUAUGUACACUAUGCUGUUGAAUCAAUCUAUCCUUUGUGAAAUUAAUAUCAUGAUCUGUCCCAUGUCUAAUCUGAUAUUAAAUGCUUUGAAAUCAUUGGUGUUGCGACAAAAAGUAAUUCCACUUGAAUGUUAAAAGUGAUCUUUCUUUUGACAUGUCUUAAAUCUGUUUCCACCUUUUAAAAUACAGGCCACUUGUUGUGUGGUAAAAAACCUGUCCAGUUUCUAUUUAGAUGAUGAGCAGAUUGGUACAUUCAAUUCCUUGCUGUCAGAGAAGACUAAUUACAUUUGUAUCCCAAAUUCUUGUUGAUAUGUUCAGAGAAUUUUCAUAUAUAUUACAACAUGUACAUAGAGUGUGCACAGAAGCUCUGUUAACACUUUUCAAAGUAGACAUUAAAGUAUUGAAACAACCAAUA